AUGUCGCUAGAUACCAGGGAUGACGAUCCCCAGGGAAUAAAGCGAAAGCGGGAAGGACCAGGGAGCAAGAGACGAGCCUCACUUGCGUAUGUGAGAUUAUCUCGGAAUUACCCAAUGAGUUUCAUCGAGCUGACGUGGAAAAGAUGCGAUACUUGUCGGCGACAAAAGGAAAAAUGCGAAGGCGGCCCCCCGUGCUGGAGAUGUCAGCGACUUAGUCGACCGUGCCAUUUUCAGGAACAACCGGUACCCAAGAAAGCGACGUUUGUGGUGUCCCGACAGCCUCCUCCCCCGGUACCAACGGACAGUGAUCAGCGAGUUCAAAACCUUGAACAUAUUGUACGGCAUUUCCUCGGUGAUGUUCCCUUGGACGAAGAGAACAUCAGUCGGAUCGCGUUGAAAUGCUCGGAGAAGAACAGUGAGAUGGAGAACCUCUUGGACGUCAACGAAUCAUUUGAUGUUCAAUUUGUGUCUCGAAAUGUGGCCUUCUAUUCUGGAGAGUUUUCACAUUGGAACUUCUCGGAAAAGCUGCGUCGCACAACAAGUUCCAAUAAGGAUACUCCCGCACCAGGGGUCAAAGAGUAUUGGCGCCCGACUCAUCUGCAAUCAUCAAUCCACAUUGUGACCGAAGUGAUCGCCCAGUUACCCCCCGAACCGAUAGCCACCUUCCUGAUCGGAGUGUUCUUCAAAUUCGCAGAGGGCAAUGCAUUCUAUCUGGAAAAAGAAUGGGUCUAUGAGAAGCUACAUUUAUGUUAUGAUGGGACAACGGAUCUGUCUGCCAAUGACAUCCCUUGGCUGUGCUCGCUUUUCUCGGUCCUAGCAAUCGGCACCCAGAUGGCUCACAUGGAGGAUGAUCGCUCAAACCCGAAUUCUGGAGAAACGGAAGAGGCCGCCGCGUGCGUUGAAGACUCAGUAGGACUGGUGUUCUAUCAUGUAGCCAGCAAGCUGGUCCCUGAUGUGAUCUUGGCCGCUUCAUACGAAAGCGUGCAAGCUUUUGUUCUUUUAGCGACAUGGGCCUUACCUGUCUCGGCGGGCGGGCUUUCCUACACUUACCUCGGCCUUGCGAUGAAAAUGGCGAUUCAGAACGGUAUGCAUCGCAAAUAUGCUGGAGGGAAUGGUGAUAGCAGAACUAUUGAGCUUCGCAAUCGUCUGUUCUGGUCGGCUUACACGCUUGAAAAACGAACAAGUAUCAUGCAUGGGCGGCCUGCUUCCAUUGCGAGAUCAGAAAUCAACGCGGAUCUACCCACCGACUGUCCAGGAUUCGAGUCGCCAAGAUUUCCAAACAUGACUGCAUGGAUCAACUUGGGAUCUUGGAUGGGAGAAGUGGCUGAGACAUUAACACAGUUUAAGAGGUGCCCCAAGAGGCUUCUUCUGGAGUAUUCUGAGCGACUUCUUCGUCUAAAGAACUCCAUGAAGCAAUGGUGGGGCUCUCUUCCUACAACAUGCCACGAUUCCAAUCCCCAAGGGCUCUUCUUUCGGCAAAAUUCGCAUCUUAAACUGAGCUACCUUCUUAUUUUCAUAUAUAUGGGCCGUCCGUUUAUCUUUCACAAUGAUACCAAGGAUAGGUCUCUGAACGAGAGUCAGGGAGUUGGGAAAUCGUAUCGCUCUGAGCUCGUGAACAACUGUGUGGAAAGCGCCCUGGAGAUGCUGGCAAUCUUACAAUCAUUGGCAGACAACAUCGGACUUUGCCGUGCGUCUUAUAACGAGUUCAGCUCGUGCCGGGCGGCUCUUCUGGUAAUUCUUGCGGAGACACUCAACUCUGGGAAAUCCAAAAGGCUCCAGGACGGCUUAACACGCGGGAUGACUUUGAUACGACAGAUGAUCGGAGGAACUGCCUCCCAGUCCGAGAUAUCAUAUAUUGAAUCUAUCGAAGCAGCCAUCCGUCAGCUAUCAUCGCAUGAUGAAUCUGGGCGCUCGGCUGAGUCGACCACCAACAGCUCAUCAUCCGCUUACGCCACGUUCAAGAAUUGGACUCAAUCCAUGAAAAGCAAGAGCAGCGGAAACAUCCUCGAGCUUUCCUCAUUCAGUCCAAUGUCUGGCUUUACAUCAGGGGGCGAAAGUGUGUUCCAUCCGGAUAUGAGCGAAUUGACAGAAUUCCUGAAUCCGGAAUGGCCUUCCGCUAAUUUAGAGCUCGACGCGGAAGUUUUCUUCGGGCAAGAUGUAUAG